CCGACGAUUGAUGCUGCACGCCGCGGCACCGAUAACUCCUUGCAUCUCGUCAGACUUGUUCUGAAAGAAACCCCUCGAGACCAAAUACCUUAUUAUCACUUAAAAGCUUCCGAUUCUUGCAUUAAUGGCGACGGUAGGGUUGGAAACUAAGCAACCGGAAUCAAUUAUGGUGGAGGAGACAUGCUCCGCUAAGACGGCUGGGAAACAAGGGGAGGGGCUGAGGCAAUACUAUCUACAACACAUUCAUGAGCUCCAGCUUCAGGUUCGCCAAAAGACUCACAAUCUCAAUCGUCUUGAAGCUCAGCGUAAUGAGCUUAAUUCCAGGGUGAGAAUGCUUAGGGAAGAAUUACAGCUACUUCAGGAACCUGGUUCAUAUGUUGGUGAAGUUGUCAAAGUAAUGGGGAAAAAUAAGGUGUUAGUUAAGGUUCACCCAGAAGGGAAAUAUGUUGUUGAUAUUGAUAAAAAUAUUGAUAUCACUAAGAUCACCCCAUCAACAAGGGUUGCCCUCCGUAAUGACAGCUAUGUUCUUCACUUGAUCUUGCCUAGCAAAGUGGAUCCAUUGGUCAACCUUAUGAAAGUUGAAAAGGUUCCAGAUUCUACAUAUGACAUGAUUGGUGGUCUGGACCAACAAAUUAAGGAGAUAAAGGAGGUCAUUGAACUUCCAAUUAAACAUCCUGAAUUGUUUGAAAGUCUUGGAAUUGCUCAACCCAAGGGUGUUCUUCUGUAUGGACCACCUGGUACUGGAAAGACACUACUAGCUAGGGCUGUAGCGCAUCAUACUGAUUGUACUUUCAUUAGGGUUUCUGGCUCUGAAUUGGUUCAGAAGUACAUUGGUGAAGGCUCUAGAAUGGUCAGAGAACUCUUUGUUAUGGCAAGGGAACAUGCUCCAUCUAUCAUUUUCAUGGAUGAAAUUGACAGUAUCGGUUCUUCUAGAAUGGAAUCUGGGAGUGGAAAUGGUGACAGUGAAGUCCAGCGGACUAUGCUGGAGCUUCUCAAUCAGCUGGAUGGAUUUGAAGCAUCAAACAAGAUCAAGGUUUUGAUGGCAACUAAUCGUAUUGAUAUUCUGGAUCAAGCUCUCCUUAGGCCUGGACGGAUUGACAGGAAAAUAGAAUUUCCAAAUCCUAAUGAAGAGUCACGUCUGGAUAUCUUGAAAAUCCAUUCAAGAAGAAUGAAUUUAAUGCGUGGGAUUGAUUUAAAGAAGAUUGCAGAGAAGAUGAAUGGUGCAUCUGGGGCAGAGCUGAAGGCUGUUUGCACGGAGGCAGGAAUGUUUGCGCUAAGGGAGAGGAGGGUCCACGUAACACAGGAAGAUUUUGAGAUGGCAGUAGCAAAGGUCACGAAGAAGGAGACGGAGAAGAACAUGUCAUUACGGAAGCUUUGGAAAUAAAUAAAUAAAAUUAAAUUUCACAUUUAAUAGUGUUUUUUGAACCAACCAAUGGGAAAACAAAGAAAAAGAAUCAAGAAGUUGCCCAUUGGGCAUGUGGAAUAUUUGCAGGAUUGGUUGGACUGGCAAUCAAUCGUUCCUGCGCUUUUAUUGACAGGGUGAAGGGAGGAACCAGUAGUAAAGACAUUAUAAUCCUAGACAACGGUUUCUGUAAGAAACGGCAUGUAUCUCCCUGUUUUAAACGGGGGGCUUGGCCUGUGGAUUUUGUUUGAAAUCUUGGAUUCUUUAUUUUGUUAUUACUUCUC